AUGUUGUUGUUGUUUGUUAGUAGAAAUAUUAAUGAUGAUGAUGAUGAUGGUGAUGGUGAUGAUGAUGACGAUGAUGAUGAAGAUGAUGCGUUAUCUUUGCGCCGUUUCACACAAACAUCGUUCAAUUUCCGAUUGAACUCAGCUCUCCCUCCACCGGUACCUAUUGUAUCACCACCUAUUUCACGAAGGACUAGUCUCAGUACCAAUGGUUAG